CGUGUUGUAGACUUUGAUGAGACUCGGAAAUUGCGAUGCCGACCAAUUACCAAAGAAAGCAAACUAGUCAGUCAUCAUCAUAUGAUAGCUCUUCUUCUUCUUCGUUCCUUUUCUAUUACAUUUCUUUAUGGGUUUGUAAAUUUGUGUGUUUUUGUUAAUUAAUAGGUGUUUCUUACUUCAGUCGGCUUCAAUGGCCGCCGGUUGUGCUGUUCAAGGUGGCUGUCCGACUGAUUACAUAGCCAUCUCAAUCUCCAUUUUGUCUUUCCUACUGUGGUUCUUAAGGAUCUGUAUUAAUGGGUUCUUAAUUGAUUUCUUCUCACAGUCUACUUUCCUGGUCAUCUUUACCUUUCCUUAUUCACAAGGUUCCUCGUUCCAAGGGCAGCAGCUUUUGGCUCCCAGCAAUUCAAGUUCUUGCUAGCUUUAACCUUCUCUUAUCCAUUGUGGUAUGGAAAAGAUGUCCCUAAAUUUUGUGAAAUUUAAAAGGCAUCACUGGUGGCAAUCUUGCUAUUUGUGGGCAGGUUGGAUUGAAGGUCCUUUUGGAUUUGGAUUGUUACUUAGUUGUCGCCUUGUGCAGGCCUUCCAUUUGUAUUAUAUAUUUGUUAGGAGGCGCUUACCGCCUAUUAGGUCAUAUGCUCUUCUUCCAUCAAUUCUUUUGCCUUGGGUGGUUGUAGCAACAUUGAUUCAUAUAAAGAAACCUUUGAAUUAUCAUUGCCACAUGAGGAACAGAUGGAUUAUCCCAAUUGUUUCUCUUCAUGGACUUUACAUUGUUGGGCUGAUUGCUUUUACAAGAGCCAUUCAUCAUGUAGAAUUUAGGUUUCAUGAACUCAAAGACCUAUGGCGUGGAAUACUUGUUUCAGCUUCAUCCAUCGGAUUAUGGGUUGUUGCUUAUGUUUUGAAUGAAAUUCAUGAAGAAAUUACAUGGCUUCAAGUUGCAUCAAGAUUUAUGUUGUUAGUUAUGACAAGUAUAUUUGUUCUGGCGUUCUUCUCCAUAUCGAUUUCUCAACCUUUACUCUCACAAAUGAGCUUGAGGAGAAGGGAACAUCCGGAAUUGAAGACAAUGGGGCAAGUUCUAGGUGUGCCUGAUAGUGGCUUAUUGGUACCUGUGGAAUCGAAUCUACAAAUUGACCCAAACCAACCUUUGGAUAAACUUCUUCUGAAUAGAAGUUUCCGCCAAUCUUUCAUGGCAUUUGCUGAUAGUUGUUUGGCGGGAGAAAGUCUCCAUUUUUAUAAUGAAGUUCAUGAGCUUGAUAAAAUACCCAUUGAAGAUAUUGUACGAAGAAUUUACAUGGCGCGUCAUAUUAUUGAGAAAUUUGUUGCUGCAGGUGCCACGAUGGAGGUUAAUCUUUCGCACAGGAUUCGUCAAGAAAUCUUAACGACUGCUGAUCUGACGGAUCCUAACCUUUUCAAAAGUGCAGUAAAUGAGUUGGUGCGGCUAAUGCAAAUGAACUUAUUGAGGGAUUAUUGGUCAUCAAUGUAUUUCCUAAAAUUCAAAGAAGAAGAUGUCAUGAGAAGGGUUGGUUCCAAUUUGGAGCAAAUGAACAGUUGGAACUUCUCCCCGAGAUUGAGCUCUGUUAGGGGCUCAGAUGACCCUUUCCAGAUAGAAGUUACCUCCACAGAAGUCAUGAAAUGAGAUAGAAAUUGCUUUAACUACCACAUGAACUUCACUAGAAAAAUCCUAAUCCACUGUGACCUUGAGGAGCUCAGAUGACCCUUUUCAGCUUAGAUUCCCUGUGUUCUUCAAAAUCCUUUAAGAAAAAUGGUUGGUUCAUAGCUAUAGCUAUAGCUUCUGCUGCUGCUUCUUUAGAGCUCAAUCACUAGUGCAAGAAUUGGGAAGGCUGGGGUUAAAAAGAAGUGUUAGGAAUGGAUUCAUAUGUGCAGGCAAGUAAAUGAUUUAAUAUUACUCAAUUUUGCUAUCUUAUGGAGAAAUCUUACUAUACACUUAAAUAGAAUUUUAUUAUACAAAGUAUGGUUGCAAAGU